CCCCCUUCCCAAGAUGAAGCUCUCUCUCUUAGUUCACAACGUUCGCUUUUCUCACGCUUUGCCGUUCUUUAAGACCAAGAAACACUAAUUCUCCCCCGCCCCCCAACCCACAACCCACCAAAUUUGGAUCCCAUUUCUUUCCGUCGUCCAGUUGUUGGAUCGAUUCGAGGAUCUCUCUGAGGAAGAAUCGCGGGUUCGGGAGUCGUCUCCUUCCCCAAUCACCUCCUUCUACCUCGUGCUCGACCAAGAUGACAGCAGCAAGGACUCCUGGUACGCCAGCUUCAAAGAUAGAAAGAACACCAAUAUCCACCCCUGGAGGCUCCAGAGUCAAAGACGAGAAGAUUUUUGUCACAGUAAGGAUGAGGCCGCUGAGUAAGAAAGAACUAACACUAAAAGAUGAAAUAGUGUGGGACUGUAUUGAUGACCACACCAUCGUGUUCAAGGGCUCAACUCAGGAGCGUUCAAAUUUACCAGGCUCCCAUGCUUUUGACAAAGUAUUUGGACCGGACUGUUUAACGGAGAUUGUCUAUGAAGAAGGAGCUAAAAAUGUAGCAUUAUCAGCAUUGACAGGAAUAAAUGCUACCAUUUUCGCAUAUGGGCAGACUAGCAGUGGCAAAACAUAUACCAUGAGAGGGAUCACAGAGAGUGCUGUAAAUGACAUUUACAAGCACAUAGAAAAUACUCCAGACAGGGACUUUGUGAUUAAGAUUUCUGCUAUGGAAAUAUACAAUGAGAUAGUAAGGGACCUGUUAAAAACAGAUUCUGGUCCUCUUCGGCUACUUGAUGAUCCAGAGAAAGGAACCAUUGUUGAGAAACUGGAAGAAGAAACAGUACAAGAUAUUCAGCAUCUGAGACAUCUGAUUGGCAUUUGUGAAGCACAAAGGCAAGUUGGUGAAACUGCCUUAAACGACACCAGCUCCAGAUCCCACCAAAUCAUAAGGCUGACGAUAGAGAGCAGCCUACGUGAACAUUCAGGCUGUGUGAAGUCUUUUGUAGCAACCCUGAACCUAGUGGACCUUGCAGGAAGUGAGAGGGUUUCACAAACUAAUGCACAUGGUGCUAGACUGAUAGAAGGCUCCCAUAUAAAUCGUAGCUUGUUGACCCUUACAACAGUAAUCAGAAAGCUCAGUGUUGGGAAAAGAAGCGGCCAUAUACCAUACAGGGAUUCAAAGCUUACACGUAUACUGCAGCUCUCUCUUGGUGGAAAUGCAAGAACUGCUAUUAUAUGUACCAUGAGUCCAGCACAAAGUCACGUGGACCAAUCUCGCAAUACUCUCCAUUUUGCAACUUGCGCCAAGGAAGUUACAAAUACUGCACGCGUUAACAUGGUUGUAUCAGACAAGCAGAUGGUCAAACAUCUGCAGGAUGUAGUUGCCAGACUUGAAGCAGAACGAUGCACCCCAGAGCAUUCAGAAGCCCUUCUGAAGGAAAAGGAGUUGAAGAUUAAGGAGAUGGAAAUGGAAAUGGAAGACCUGAAACGGCAAAGAGACCUUGCACAGUCACAACUGGAUGAACUGCGAAGGAAAUUAAGUGCAGAUCACAUGGGCUCGAACCCAUUUGAGUCAUCACCUCGCCGAGUGGCUAAAUGUCUCACCUUUUCUAGCCCAUCACCAUGUAAUGGUGACAAGGGGCAUGGUAAAGCCGACAAGAUGAGAAACACAAUGAGGCAGUCAUCAGCUUCUCCUUUCAUGCUUGUGCAUGAAAUUCGCAAGCUCGAACAAUUACAAGAACAGCUUGGAGAGGAAGCACAUCGAGCUCUUGAAGUGCUGCAGAAAGAGGUGGCUUGCCACAGACAGGGAAAUCAAGAUGCUGCUGAGACUAUUGCCAAGCUUCAGGCAGAGAUUAAGGAGAUGCGCGCAAUUAGAUCUCUGACUAAAGAGGUUAACAUCGAAGAUGUGGUCGCUAGGCAAAAUGCUGGUGCCACUCUCAAAGAAGAGAUAACGCGGCUUCAUUCACAGGGCAGUACCAUUGCCAACCUUGAGCAGCAGCUGGAAAAUGUCCAAAAAUCUAUUGAUAGGCUGGUGAUGUCUCUUCCGAACAAUUUGCAAUCUAACGAAACCACUCCAAAGUCCUCAAAGAGUCAAUCAAAGAAGAAGAAGAUGCUUCCUUUGGCCUUAAGCAGCAAUGUCAACCGACCGCAUCUUAUAAGAGCACCAUGCUCUCCUCUCUCUUCUUCUCGGAAGACAUUAGAGUCUGAAGUGGAGAACAAGGCUCCGGAGAAUGAUACAGUAUCCCAUGAGACCUUUUCAGGUUCCGAGAAAGCUACUCCAACCAAGAGCGAAGCUGGUAGUGACGUAACGUCCAGGGAAGGCACGCCAUGCUACCGACGUUCCAGUUCUGUGAACAUGAAAAAAAUGCAGAAAAUGUUCCAAAAUGCUGCAGAGGAAAAUGUAAGGAGCAUAAGAGCAUACGUCACCGAGCUGAAAGAACGUGUCGCAAAGCUUCAGUACCAAAAGCAGCUUCUUGUGUGCCAGGUAUUGGAACUGGAAUCAAAUGAGGCUGCAGGGCACGAUGGAGCAGAGGCUGAUGGGAAUAUAUCAGAACUACAAAGUUCCCCUGAUACAUGGGAUUCUGUCUACAAGGAACAAAUGCAGCAGAUUAUUCAACUAUGGCAUAUUUGUCAUGUAUCAAUAAUACAUCGGUCACAGUUCUACUUGUUAUUUAAAGGUGAUCGGGCGGAUCAGAUAUAUAUUGAGGUAGAGCUUAGGAGAUUGUCUUGGCUGCAGCAGCAUUUCACUGAAAUUGGCAAUGCAAGCCCCGCUCAUACUGGAGAUGAGCCUGCUGUUUCUCUGUCAUCGAGUAUAAGAGCACUGAGGCAGGAAAGAGAAUUUCUUUCCAGGAGGGUCAACUCACGUUUGACAGAAGAAGAAAGAGAGAUGCUCUAUAUCAAAUGGCAAGUUCCUCUUGAAGGGAAGCAAAGGAAGCUUCAGCUGGUUAACAAGCUAUGGAUUGAUCCAAACGAUCCAGCACACAUUGAGGAAAGUGCUGAUAUAGUGGCAAGACUGGUAGGUUUCUGCGAGGGAGGAAACAUCGCCAAAGAGAUGUUCGAGCUGAAUUUUUCCCUGCCAGCAAGCAAGAAACCGUGGUUUUUGGGAUGGCAGCCCAUAUCAAAUUUGCUGAGGCUGUGAUGCUGUGAGCUGCUAGCAAUAAAAGAACCGAACAUUUAUUAGAUUGUUUCUUCCUCCUCAAUUUUUUUUAAUAAUAAAGGCUUUUUACUUGCACACCUUA